AUGGGCGGAGAUCCGGGCGCGAUAGACCGGCUGCGUGCCAUCUUUGACCGGCCAAACCGCGAGCAGCAGUACGAGCCUAUCGAGGAAGAUAACUCGGAUGGCGACGAGUAUGUACAGAGGAGACCGAUACUCGAUGCGCCGGACGACGAUGGGGAGGCGGAGGGGUUCUCAUGGUUCGAAUACUCCAUCUUUCUCUUGCUAGGAGUUGCGAUGCUUUGGGCAUGGAACAUGUUCUUAGCAGCAGCCCCCUAUUUCCAAACCCGGUUCGCAGACAACCAAAAUAUCCUCGACCACUUCCAGCCUGCCAUUACCUCUGUUGCCUGCGUUACGAACCUCUCCUCCAUGUUCGUCCUCGGACAGCUGCAAGCAAAAGCUUCUUACCAAAAGCGAAUCCUCUGCGCCCUCGUCCUGAACCUAGUCGUGUUUGCCCUCCUCACGAUCUCAGUCAACUACUUUCGCGGCAUCUCGGCAACCGCAUACUUCGUAUUUACCCUGAUCAUGGUAUUCUCUACGUCUGUAGCCACAGGGCUUUGUCAAAAUGGAGCAUUUGCAUUUGCAUCAAGUUUUGGCAGGCCGGAAUAUAUACAGGCGAUCAUGACCGGACAGGCUGUCGCUGGAGUCCUGCCCUCGGUUGCCCAGAUCCUAGCUGUUUUGUCCGUCCCAGUGCCAGACCAUUGGGCCGACGCCGAGGAGGAGCAGCGAGUUGCAGAUACGGAGAAUCUCACCUCGGCAACUGUAUACUUCUUGACAGCUACUGGAAUCAGUAUGUUGACGCUCAUUGCUGUGGUACCGCUAAUCCGCAAGCAAAAUCGUAUAUUAGAGAGCAACACGUUGAUGCCCGCCACCAGCGUCCAGGGAGCAGAACAGGCCAAGCGGAAGGUCGUAGGCAUGUGGACGCUCUACAAGAAACUGCACUGGCUCGCGGCAUCCGUCUUUCUCUGCUUCCUCAUCACCAUGUUCAUGCCUGUCUUCACGCAAAAGGUCCUCUCCAACAUUCCCGAAGACGAGGCUCCACGCCUCUUCCGCCCAUCAGCCUUCAUCCCCCUUGGCUUUCUCAUCUGGAACCUAGGUGACCUGGGCGGUCGACUGAUGACUCUAGGCCCUUUACAUGCACGCAACCGACCUGUGUUACUCUUCAUCAUCUCCAUCCUCCGAGGAGGCUUCUUACCACUGUACCUGCUCUGCAACAUCAUGGGGAAAGGUGCCGUCAUCCAAAGCGAUGCCUUCUACCUAAUCUUUGUUCAAUUCCUCUUCGGCCUCUCGAACGGCUGGCUAGGCAGCUGCUGCAUGAUGGCUGCCGGCGACUACGUUCUCGACAGCGAGCGUGAAGCAAGCGGUGGCUUCAUGGCCAUCAACCUAGUAGCUGGCUUGACGGCCGGAUCUUUGCUGAGUUUCACUGCAGCGGGCGUGUCGUAA